UACUUACUUAGUCACCGAGUUUCAUUUGAUUCUCUAUCGGCAUCUACACCAUUAUUCCCCUUUUCCCUACACAAAGCACGCCAUCGACAAAAGAAUUUACAAACAAUUAAACACACAGAGCCAAAAGCAGAUAUAGAAAGAAAAAGAAGAAACAACAACAACAACAAAAAAAAAUAUUAAAAGAAAGUCCCAGUCCCAGUUCUUAGCUCCCAGCUAGCAGCACAGCAGCUUCAAAAAAGCUCAAAAUUCUUCCUCUCACACAUGUGUGAAGACAAUGAGGAGCAAAUAAUAAAAAAAAAAAGAUCCGAAAAAAAAAAACAGGAUGACCAACAAAAACAACCAAGAAGACGAACGGACACACAGAGAAGAAUAGGAAAAACAGAAACACAGCUCUGGCACAGCAUACAGCAACACCAUUUAUUUCACCCAACACCAUUCCGAAGGCACAACAAAGAAGCGAAGAAAAUAAAAAAGGAACGCCAGAUAUUUACUCAAGUGAUUGGCUGAGGGUUGCCAAUCGGUCGCUUCGCUAACCGUACCCGUGCACCGUAUACACAAAAACGAAGGAGUGGCUUAAAGUACACACAAUUCACACCACUUCAGACCAGUCAAUCGUCAUCCUCGUCGUCGUCGUCGUUUUCCUUUUCGUCAUCCUCAUCCUUCUUGAAGUUGUCGUUGUAGUCCUCUUCAUUGUCGGCCGUCGCCGUUCCUUUGCCGUCGUCGCCAUCGCCACCAUGCUCUUGGUGUCGCUGUCGUCGCCUGGUGUUGUUUAGAGAGACGACUUGGCUAGAUUUUCACUUGUCCUUUUGUCAAUGUGUGUAGUUUAGUACACCUUCUUGUUCGGUCUAGAAAGAGAGAUAUAUCUAAGGACUUAUGGACAGGACAGAGCACUGGCAUCUCGCCUUAGUUAACCAGAACCGGAGUCAGAUCCGGAGACACAGCCACUGUGCCACACAAAUGAAAAGGUCUUUCCACCCACCAAAAAUGACAAAAACUUUAUAUGACACCUCUGGUGUGUGUGAGCAGCAUCAGCAAACACACAUCUUCUUACAAAUUCUCACACGAUGACAGUUUGUGUUGUUGUUUGUUGAAUAGAGCGAUAGGGGAUUGAGGACUGCAGGAUACUGAUGGGAAUAUCUAUCUACCAGUUUACAGGGUAGCUGUAGGGAUUUUCCAAAAUUUCAAUGACCCCCUCCCUCUUCCGCCAUUACUUAUCUUUCCGAUUUCAUGUGCAAAAGAUGACACCGAUUAAGGGAGGAAUUUUUACACAAACAAAACGCUUGCCCAACACACACGUCGACGCCGUCGCUACUUUGACAGUUCCAUCUACCAUCUAUCUACCUUAACUCUACCUACCCAUCUGCUUUUGCUUUUUGUUGUUGCUUUCCCCCGAAAACACCAACACUGAACACCGAACACAGAACACUCAUUUCAACUCUGAAGAAUGGAUGAAUGAUAACAAAUUCUAUUACUCUACUACUACUACUACCAUAGUAAUCAAUGGGAAGAAUGAACUCGAAAUCGCAGUCGAAGUCGAAGUGUAUAAGUGCAUAAACUACUCUCGUCGACUGUGAGCUCUGAGCUGCGACUACGACUAUAUGAGGUUGAUGAUGGUGGUGGUGAACAGUUGGUGGUUUGAACGAAUUGGGGGUAGGGUAGUCGCUAAAAGAAUAUGGGGCGGAAUAGGCGCUAGUCAAACACCAGAUCAACACCGUAGGUGCGAUGGUAAACACGACACUUCCAAAAGUACACCAACGAGAGAGAAAAAAAAGAGCUCAAUUCACUGAAUACACAAAAGAGAUUGUAGUGUGUAUCUAUAUACCUACCUACUCACCAAAUUCAGGUGGUGGGUUGAAGCAGGGGUUGGUACUUGCUACCUGUACCUACUGUGAACUAUGAUAACCAAAAAAAAAAAGCAGAAAAAAAGUGAAUGGAGAGAUAAAUAAUUUAGGCGAGGAUGCUCAAAUGAAGAGGCUCUUGAUGAGUUUUAAUUUAAUUUUCUUCGAAUUCACCACGAUGUGAGGUGAAAUAGCAAGUUGAUUGGGAAUUGUGUGAUGACAUUUUAGCACAAACACGAAAGACAAAAAAAAAGAAUAUUAACUCAAAAUGCGACACAGCAUUAUCCCACCCCAUUACACGCGCCGGUGACAAAGUUCCAGCCCAGCACCUCUAUCUAGGGUCACACACACACAUCCAAAUACACACACUCAUAUACAACACACACAAAACACAAGCUGAGGAGCAAAACGUCAAAGUUAGCCAUAUUUGCGCCGUGCCAAAACGAUGACACCAACAACGGCAACGGCGACGGCACAAGAAUACGACGGCGACAACGACACAAUCUUCAUUGCGACUCUAUUGCCGUCUCGUACACUUCUUCUGGCAGCGAUUUCAUGUGACAUUCAUGGUGUACAUGUUUGCUUCUUUGGAGAGGGAGGGGUGUAAAACUAAACCCGGUUGGUCACCAUUUUUGUAUCUAUUCUUAGGAUUUCUCGUGUUGCUUCUCUUUUUUUCCCGUGUAUUCGAUCUCUGUCGACCGGUUGGUUGGGUUUUGCUUCUACAACUUGUAUGUGUGUGUAAAUCUGUGGUUAAACUUGUCGCCUCGCACACAUAGACACCCACCUACAUACAAACUGGUCAGAGACAGAAGUGGUUUUUCUGGUUUGUGUCAUUAUCUUACUCGGUCAUACCUUUGCCAAAGAGGAGGGCAGCUAGAGUAUUGCCAACAAACAAACGAUGCUUGACACCAUCAAGGUGAGAAUGUGUUAGUGAGGAUAAUCCGUGGCGGCUUGGUGUCAAGUCUUAUUAGAAUUCUCUUGAGUGGUUUCUUGUUCGAAUUCGUUGGAUUUUUGUUUUUUUUUUCCUGUUUGGUUCAUCGUUCAUGUGACAAUUGUGUGUCGCGCAAUAUUUUUCACCUCUCUCCAUCACAUGGCGCACAUGGCUGUGGAACAGAGAUGGCGUUAUGGGUUUUGUAGCUCCAUCUAUCGGAGUGUAAUUGCUUAAACUACUUUUUGUUUGCCUGUGCGCGCUGGGCGCUGCAAGUCCACGGUGUUAGUCUGUUAGUCUUCUUAUUGGGAAUAUUUUUCUGGUUUGGGUUUGGGUUAAUUUUUCUUGAGUGGUGGGUUAUGCGGCUGUGUGCGAACUGUCAUUGUGUGGGUGAAUUUUUUGGUGAAAACAGGGGGGUUGCAUUGUAUUGGAGAUUGUAUGUAUUAACCAGUUCGUAAGCGACCGGCGUUAAGUUCGUAUCGUGUGUGUUUACCUUUUUUUCUCUCUCAGCGACGGCGACGUUUGUUUUUUUUUUCCUUUCUUCACCCCUUAACCUCACCGUGUCACCAUACACCGCACCGUCUACAAAUGCUGUUAAUCCGCGAAAGGGGCUUUUUUGUGUGUACGCUGUUGUACGUUGUUUAUUGGGGGCAGGAAGAAAAGUUCGCAUAAUUGUUUUUUGAAAGCUUUUGACACCUUCGCUUGUUAAAUGUGUGGUGUUCUCGAUUCUCGUCGAGUUAAAAAGGUAAACGCUUUGUUGUGAGUAUUUUGUCGGUUUGGCUAGGUAAACACACCGAAAAAAAUCAAAGAGAAAAAAUCAUACCUUUACAAUUAUUUAUCGUUCACAGAAGAAAAGUGUGUUGAAUAAAAGAAAUAAUUGACAAACGUCAUUAAAAGUGCAAUCAAUUCUCUCCUAAAGUUGUCAUUGUGUGUUUUGUAAUACAAAAUACACCUUCCUACCUAAAAUUAAGUGUAUAACUUUUGUUAAACAAAACAAAUCGUUUUAGAAAAUUUAAUCAAACAAAAAGUGAAAAAAUAAAAACAAAAAAAAAGGAGAGAGGUGAAUUUUAAUAAAAAAAAAAAUAAUAAAUAAGAAAAUAUUGUGUUUCCGACUUUGGUGACUUAAAUUGUAAUGUAAUGAGAUACGACGUCCAAGAAUUCAUUCAGCAAUCUGAAGAUCAAAUCAGUAGGUUUGCAAAUGGGAUGGCAUAUCAUCCAUUCCUGCAGCUUUCCCGACCCACUGACUUCAGCGUGUCAUCGCUGUUGACGGCGGGUAAUCAACAGCAAUCAGCGACGGCCGCUGGGGCAACAAUCUCACCAACAUCGCCACUACUUCACCAGCAACAGCAGCAGCAUCAACAAACGUCUCUAACGCCUGCAAUAGCCGCCGCCCAGCAGCAAUUACAGUGCGGCGGACAGUCCUCACCUGUCGGCGGACAACAGCCCCAGCUGUCGCCCAACGUUGGCAGUGCCAACAACAACACAACUAGUAAUAAUAAUAACAACAACAACAGUAGUAAUAAUAGCUCUACCAAUAAUAGCAAUAGUAACAGUAAUAACAACAACAACAACUCCGCAACAACGCAUCAAGCGCUGGCCGCUGCUGCGGCUGCUUCAAGCCUAGGACACCACCCGCACCACUCGCAUCACUCAGCGGUACCAGGUCAUCCGGCGUUGGGGCAUUUGCCACAACAACCGUAUUUUCCCGCCGCUGCUCUUGCCGCACUUGCCGGCAGUCCGGCCGGUCCACAUCCUAGUCUUUACCCGGGCGGUUUGUUGCACAAAUUCCCCCCGCAUCACCCGCACGCGCAUCAUCCACUGGGGACACCGUAUACGACGGCGGAAGACGUUGUGUUGGCGUCAGUGGCAGCACAUCAAUUGCAUCCAGGCAUGAGGCCGUUACGAGCGUUACAACCGGAAGACGAUGGGGUCGUCGAUGAUCCAAAAGUGACGUUAGAGGGCAAGGAUUUGUGGGAGAAAUUCCAUAAGCUUGGAACGGAGAUGGUGAUAACAAAAAGUGGAAGACAAAUGUUUCCACAAAUGAAAUUUCGGGUUUCGGGACUGGAUGCAAAGGCGAAAUAUAUUCUACUGUUGGAUAUUGUGGCGGCUGAUGAUUAUCGAUAUAAGUUUCAUAAUAGUCGUUGGAUGGUAGCUGGUAAAGCUGAUCCAGAAAUGCCAAAACGAAUGUAUAUCCAUCCGGACUCGCCAACAACCGGUGAGCAAUGGAUGCAAAAAGUCGUCUCAUUUCAUAAGUUGAAACUAACAAAUAAUAUUAGUGAUAAACAUGGAUUUGUAAGUACUACUAUACUCAAUUCAAUGCAUAAAUAUCAGCCGAGGUUUCAUUUGGUUAGAGCCAAUGACAUCUUAAAGCUGCCAUAUUCAACAUUUCGGACGUAUGUGUUCAAGGAGACAGAGUUUAUUGCUGUAACUGCAUAUCAAAAUGAAAAGAUAACUCAAUUAAAGAUUGAUAACAAUCCGUUUGCGAAAGGUUUUCGAGAUACUGGUGCUGGAAAAAGAGAGAAAAAUUACAGGCAGGCGUUAAUGUCUAACCGCGGAUCCGAUUCAGAUAAACUGAAUCCAACACACGUGAGCAGUAGUAGAGCACCAUUACAUUUGGGCCAUACAGGUCGACCUCAUCCGCACGACAGUCAGGACGACGAUGAUAAGCUGCUUGAUGUGGUUGGACCGCCACAAAGUCCGUUGUUGCCUUUGAGCCAUUCGCUACAGCAGAUGCAUGCGCAUCAACACUCAGCCCUUGCAGCUUGGUUCAACCACUUAGCCGGUGCUGGCGACCAUUCAAAUGAAGAUGCAAUACGACGCCGCCUUCAAUCCGAAGACAUUGAACGCGAUGGCAGCGAUUCUAGCUGUUCGGAAAGUGUUGGUGGCAGCACUGGCGGAGCAUUUCGACCAACCUCAUCGGGUAGUCCCAAAGAAGCGCACGGUGCUGCCGGUGGCUCAUAUCCAGCACCGAAUAUAUCAGUGGGUCCACCUAUUCAUCCAUCGCCUCAUCUUUUGCCUUAUCUCUAUCCACACGGAUUGUAUCCACCACCUCCAUUAUCGUUGCUACACAAUCCAGCUGCAGCGGCCGCCAUGAAUCCGGGCCUUAAUCCAGGAUUGCUGUUCAAUGCACAGCUUGCAUUAGCCGCUCAACAUCCCGCCUUAUUUGGUCACUAUUCAGGACAUUCGCCAGUGUCACCAUUGCAGGGCCUUAAAGGUCAUCGUUUUACGCCGUAUAACCUGCCUGGCAGUUUGGGUUCGGCAUUUGAUGCUGUAACGCCUGGUUCGAAUAAUCAAAGAUGCAGUGGCACAGGUGUUGGUAGUUCAGGUGACAAUACCAAUAUCAGUGGUGACAAUGGUCCAAGAAGCCUUAGUUCAAGCCCAUCUAGACAUCAACGUGCCUCCUCGAAUUCUCCUCCCACGCGACCUAUUUCCAUGUCACCGACAACACCGCCAUCGCUAUUAAAACAACGCUCCAGUUCGCCAUCAGAAUUGAAAAAUAUCGAAAAAAUGGUCAAUGGUCUUGAAGUGCAGCACAAUGGCAGUAGUCUGAUUGCCAACAGUUCGAUGGAAGAUAGUCCACUGCAUCAUCACCAUCAGCAUCAUCAUCAGUUGCAUGGGAGAUCUGGGAAGCAAUCACCAUCAUCUGAUCAGUGACAUUUGUAUGCCGCGGAUGAUAAUGAUAAGUCAUCCAUUAUAGAUCUCGACGACGUGUGACACACCGAAUUGUAGGCUUAGAAGGGUGCCCUUUUA